UACACAGCUGCGAAUGUUCUGAAUGUAUUCUUGUGCAUACUGCAGGAAUGUUUAUAGGAGCAUUUUCAUUUGGUAAUUCGAAAGUGGUUCUCGCCUUGCUGAUAUCAAACGAGUACUGCUGAUAGAAGAAGAAGAUGCGCAUGGACGUUUAAAUAACCCAGAGGACAGUGACUUAAGAUAACAUGACAACGCAUCAACUAGCCUCUUCUCUAGCGUCGAGUUUGGAUAAUGUCACUUUGGGUGGAACUAAUCUCGUUGUUGACAGCAAUGAGGAGGGCGAUGGCCGCGAGGGGGUUUCAGUCAUCGAGCUGAGGGACAAUUCUUCUGUCAGACGAGGGCCAAAUCUAGCUGGAAUGAAAUCCGACCUUAUACACAUAGCAAUUGCAGUAGUAUUAAUAGCGGAUGCUAUUGCGGCGAGCAUAUUCGGUGACCCACUCUACCUUUCUCUCCUCUGCUACUUCGAAGCGUUUCUACUCUUGUUUUGCGUGAUGGUGGAGAUUUGGCGAAAAUGGCGACAGCUGCCACAAAUGUUUCAACGCGUCUGGGACAGUAUCAGGUUCACUUAUAAACUGAUAGCAAUUUAUAUCGCUUUGGGAUUCAUGGCGGUUCUAACCUUAGGUUUAGAAAUUGCGCAAUUCCGACAUACCCAUGAUAAUAAAAUCAUUCUUAUCGAAUAUGAGAUGCAUAUUGUGACAUGUGUUGUGGCCGCUUUGGUUGCUGUGGGAGGAAUAAUAAUUGUGAUUGGCAAAGAGAGACCGUGCUGUAAACGAAAGCCGAGACUGUCUUAUGGCAGACUGCAGGAUAGCCGAGGCAAAGAAAUGAUGACUAUAAGUGAUAGGGAUAUUAAUGUGGAACGGAUUUAUUAGGUAGGUUUGGCGUUCAGAGACUGAGCGAAACAAGCCUUGGAUGAGAUACGGCUAACCUCAGCACACAGAUGCAGUAGAUGUGCUCUUUUUUGCGCAAACCUGUUUUAGAAAUGACACGGAUUAGCGAGAAACCGGUCAGAAUCCCAGACAAAGCGGUUACCGAAUCGGAUUUCCAGGAAAAAUAGCUUCUUUUGACGACAACUUGCCGUUCGGGGAUCUUGGUCAGACUGAUGACGUGGAUCGGCCUAUCACCUAGGUUAUAUUGCUUUGAUCUCUCGGGGCGAUGCUGGGUUUUAUACACCGUUACACAAUUUAUUGAUGUGUUUGGACAUGCGACUAAACUAAUACAGUGUAUAGAAGAAUAUUGCAGAAAAUGUAAAUGAUAUCUGCAAGGUCAGUACUUGGCACCUUAUUAAAAAUCCGGCAAAACCAAUCAAUUUGCGCUAUCGCGGAAUUAAAUAUUUGUUGACCAUCAAGGAGUGAGUGGUGUUUAUUUUCGCUUAUUUUGAUAUCAUUUACAUGUAUACCUUUAGAUAUAGUCAAUUAGAUUGUAUUGUUAAUACCACCCAGAUGAAAUUUGUUCGCAACAACGCAAACAUAGGAUAUGCCGCGGGUCAUGGGGAAAACUAAUCAAACAUCAUUAACUGAUCACCGACCGAGAGUUGGAUCAACGACAUAGAGGAGUAGCGUAUAAUUGCAUUUGGAGUAGCCGAUUUAUGACAGGAACGUUCAAAGCUGGCGAUUUACGCCUGUAUUUCACUCAAAUGACCAUAUCUAUUACGUUAUUUUUCAAUUUCAACUUGUUUGGGAUUCCUUCAGAUCGUUAGUGUCAGUCAGAAUUCUCCAAAUCUCGAGAUUUCUUCAAUGUUUAUAAAAACCAUACCUGGACGAUAUACAUGUACAUGCACUUGACGUGUGAAGGAGACUACUUUGCUUUUUGAGGUGAUACAUGAAUGUGGCUAGCUUCGUCUAGAACCUAUUCGUGUACAACUACAAUAUAUACAGGUGAUUUAAAAAACGAACUCUUACACUUAACAGUUAACCUCCACAAUGGUUGUAUGUAGUCCACGAUUAGAAGAGACUGUCGAGGUUAAGGAAGCAGUCGCUCCGAUGGAAGUGGUGAAGACGUUUCCUUACAUUUCUCUCAAGCCGCUGCUGUACGUUAUGCAAGCUUUCGGACUUUUUCACAGCCGCCAUUUUGGACCGAGGGGAAUAUUUUGGCAGGUCUACAGUGCCUGUAGCUGCAUUAUUGUGUUUUCAUCCCUGGCACGAUCCUUCUGCAUCAUAGACGUGGAACACGUAGGCUUCAAUAACGUGUUUUUUCAACAUAUGGUAGUCAUAAUCUGGCUGGUGUGGUGUUUUGGAAGUGGUUUCGCUAUGUACCGAAUCUGGGCAGUUUAUGAAAAGGGACCAGCCUUUUUACUCGAAUUGCACACGGUUGUCGAUUGCUGUCAGUUGAAACAUCAUUGCUACAAACACAAUUUGCGAAGAAGGGCGGUAAUUGUGACCGGACUGAGUCUCUUCUGGAUUGCCAUGAAUACAAUAACAACUAUAUACUUUCUUGAAACUACAAUUGCAUUGGGGCUUGGUUUCAUCCUUUCUCCAAAAUGGGUGUAUGAUGCAAUGCCACAAUGGGGAAAGUACGUGAGCCUAGUUGUCGCCAGCUUCACUCAGCUGGUGAAUAGUGCCUUUUGGUGUCUGCCACCGGCAUUCAACCAUUGCUUGUGUUACGCCAUGAUGAUGGAGCUUAAAAGCUUUAAUAAAGCUUUUGACGAUGCAGUGAAGGAAGAUGCGACUCUUGGCGGGCUUCUUGCACGUUUCAGGAAAAGGCACCAGAGGGUCGCAAAACUCGUCGAAUCUGCGGACAGCUUUCUUGGUAUUCAUAUCUCCGUGACCCUCGGAUGUUCCAUGAUCCUACUCAUCUUCCUUGUCUACAAUUCUCUGUGGGAUAACAGGAUAACCAGCAGUCCCCAGUUAAUAAUUACCCAGUUUAUGUGGAUCUUUACCACUGGGGCUUUCGCUGGUGUGAUACUGCAUAGCGGAGCAUCCGUCAACAAAGCAGCACACGAGAGCCUCUCACGACUGCAUGAUAUCGAGAUCGAGGAUACGCAAGGGAAUAAGGAUAACGCGGAGCUUUCCCUCUUUAUAAACAAACUCUCGGGACCUCCGAUAGGAUUGACCGCACUGGGUCUCUUCGUUAUUAACAAACCAUCAGUGCUUACUACUCUUGGAAUGUUCCUGACAUAUUUCAUCAUCGUUGUACAAUUUCGAUUGCCUUCCGAACCAGCUGCAUAUGGGAAUUCGACCAUCAGUCCAUAAUGAAACAAUGAGCUGACAAGACACUUUAGCAUACUGAUCGGAUUACAUAUGGCAGAGAAAUCAAAGACCAAGUUACGACAUCGCCAAUUACAAUUCUUUCUCUGAAUUUAACGUUUUGAAACGUUUUCUGUCAUAUCUGUCAUAACUGUAUACGGCGAAGUUAAGAGCAAAAUCUGAAGUAUGCUGGUUCCCUGUGUUUCAAUUAGCAGUGCUGAGUACACUUCUAAAACAAGUCAAUGCAUAUAUCAGUAUACGUGUAUUUGACGUUACUAUAAUCAGAAUGUAUAGUUGUAUACCAUUUUGCAUUUAAUCAUCGAGUAAUUAUUUUUUAUACAGUAUGUGCGCAUCCAAUAUUUUAGCUCGGUCAAUGAAUUACUAUGUACAUUGGAAAUUACUUUGUUACCAUGCACAUCAAUGAAGCAUACUAUACAUGUAACUGCAUGAUGCGGCAUAUCCAAAUUUUUUGUGAUAGUAACACUUUAAUUCAUUUAAUUCAUUGUGCGCAUCCAAUAUUUUAGCUCGGUCAAUGAAUUGCUAUGUACAUUGGAAAUUACUUUGUUGCCAUGCACAUCAAUGAAGCAUACUAUACAUGUAACUGCAUGAUGCGGCAUAUCCAAUUUUUUUUUGUGAUAGUAACACUUUAAUUCAUUUAAGCUUUCUAUUAGCGUCCCUUGGGUGAACAGUAUAGUGUGGCAAUGAUAUUUGUAAUGCCCUACGGUAUAUAUCCUGUAGUGGGUAAUCGACGUCACGGUUAAGCAAAUUUAUUGAGCACUAAAAGCCGACGAACUGACAGUUUUUUUCGAUAACAUCAACUCGUCCUUUGCGGAUAAUUGACAAGGCAUCGCUGUGAUUUAGAGGGAGAACUUGGGUGUGGAAUUUAGGUGGCCAGGAGGAAAAUGCACCUAUUCGCCUACAUGCUCAUCCUCGAUGUAGCAAGAGACAAUGCCGAUCACUAAUAACGAUUUCCGCAGGUGUUGUAAGGUGCGGGUUUUGGACAUGUCUACGAAAUUAAACAGUUACAUUCAGUUUUGGUGAGUCUGAAAUCAAUGUGUGGUCUUCGGUCGGUAAAGUUCGGGUUCCGGGGUUUUCAAGAUAACAAUGAUAUUGAUAAUGAUAAUACUAAUAAUAAUACUUAUAUGUGCAGGAAUAAAUAAAAAGAGUAAAAAAGAGAGAAAAAGUUUUUGUGGAUACACGAGGAGUCGAAUCCGUGACCACCAGAUUGAAAGUCCAGCAUUCUAACCGUUGAACCACAGAGGUUUUUUAUGUCCAGGUUGAGAUUUCUUUGCCUGUAAUAGCCAAGCUAUGGCGAUAUGAAUUACCUUGUGUGAAAUAGAGCGACAUUUUUAUUUUACACAAGCUUCAGAUCACUAUAAUGAUGUUGAAUUCGUUGAGAUAUAUCCAUCAACCACAAGAGGUCAAGAAAAAGGUGUAGCCCACAUGAAUCGCAUUCCAAGCAAGCAUAGCCAAUAGAUAUCAUCAAAACACGGUUGACCGACCCCCAUUCACUCAAGUUUUAAUGAAAAAUCGUAAAAACGGUGUUCUGAAGGUUCCGACUAAACUGUAUUUAUGGUCCGCGCGAGUUUUCAUU